CACUCCUAAGAUCCUUUUUGGAAUCCUCAUCCACAGAAUCCAGAGCCAUGAAAAACAAUCUACAACAGCUGACCCAGUACUGGAGGCUGUACUUGUUGACAAUAGUCCUGGGAAUUGGCGGAACACUCCAGUAUGGAAUUCAAGUUUCUAUCAUGACUUCACCUGCUGAGCACAUCCAGAGCUUUGUGAACCAGACAUGGCUGGGCAGAUACGAUGUCCCUGUGGGAGAGUCCACCAACACCCUCAUAUGGUCCUUCAUGGUUUCCACUCUGAGUCUGGGGGGCCUGUUUGGAACAAUGACCUGUGUGAGCCUCUCAGCGAAAUAUAGACGGAAGACCUGUCUGCAGAUCAAUAAUGUGGUGGCCAUCCUUGCUGCUGUGAUGAUGAUCCUGAGCCGAAUGGUGAAAUCCUUUGAGAUGAUCCUCCUUGCCAGAUUUCUAUAUGGAUACAAUGCAGGUCUGGGGAUAAAUCUGCACCUGAUGUAUUUGGGUGAAAUCGCUCCUAAGAGGAUGCGUGGCUUUCUCGCCUUGACAAGUUCCGCCUAUCUCAGUGUUGGAAAGCUAUUGGGUCAGGUGAUCGGCCUCAAAGAGCUGAUGGGCACAGAGGACAUGUGGCCGUAUCUGCUGGCCGUGAGCGGCCUGCCUGCCAUCCUGCAGUUUGUGUCCAUGCCGUUUUUCCCAGAGGCUCCGCGCUACCUCUACAUCGACAAGGGAGAUGAGGAUGGCUGCAAGAAAGCGCUUCAGUGGCUGUGGCGGGAAGAUGAUGUGAAUCUAAAGAUUGAGAUGGAGGACAUGAGGAAGGAGAGGGAGAGUGCCCAGGUGACACAGACCAAGACGAUGCUGGAUGCCCUGCGAGAUCGCAGCGUGCGCUGGCAGCUGAUGGCAAUGCUGAUUCCCUGUUCUGGUCUGCAGUUCUGCGGCAUCAAUGCGAUUUAUUUUUACGCGUUCGACAUUUUCCGUGAAUCUGGUGUCCCAGAAGAAAAGAUGCAUUAUCUCGCUCUUGGCAUUGGAGCCGCUGAAGUGAUCACUGUAUCAGCAUGUGCUUUUAUGAUUGAGCGUGCUGGCAGGAAAAAGCUGUUGGGCUACGGUUACCUCCUGAUGGGAGUGAUGAUGUCUGUGCUGACUGUCCUGCUGACCAUCAAGGAUUGGUACCCCUGGUUGCCUUAUUUCAACAUUGCCCUUCUGUUCUUUGUCAUCUGUAUUUAUGGAUUAGGACCAUGCGGAGCAUCCAUGUGCCUUCCAGCUGACCUCUUCCUGCAAAUGUGGCGUCCCUCUGCAUUUGCAGUUGGAGGCAUUGUCAACUGGGGUGGCCUCUUCCUCAUUGGGAUGCUUUUCCCCUAUGUUGUGGAUGGAAUAGGACAGUUCUGUUUCCUGGUAUUUGUUGCCUACUGUAUCGUCACUGCAGCAUUUAUGCUGUAUUUCAUCCCAGAAACAAAAGGGAAAUCCUCAAUGGAGAUCACUGAGGAAUUUAAUAAAUUGAACUAUAAGAAAUGCAGCACAGAACUGGAAAAGGGAAUUGAUCUGUUUGCAACUAAGCUCUAACAAUCUACAUGACAGCACUUGCAGAUGUUUACGUAUUUAUUCUGUACAUUUUAAAUAUUUGUAAAUAUGUUUCAUUUAUAUUUUACCCCACACAGGAACAAUAAUUGUGGAGGUAACUGGAAGUUAAUAAUAAAUUAAGCUUGAAUUAGUUUGUUACGGCAUUUUAAAACAAUGAUGCUGAGAGAUAUAUGAUUUUUGUAUUUCAAACAUUACAUUACAUUGGAUCACAACAUGUAAAGUAAGACAUGCUUAAGUCUAAUUCAUAUUGCAAUGUGUUGAAAACACAGUUCAAUUAUGAACUCUCAAAGAGAGCUCAGUUUAUAACCGGUCAUUUAAAUUUUACAGCUGCCAUUUGCAUUUGUCAGUUCUAAUCUGUUGUAAUUUUUAAAACCAGUUUGAUUAUCUUCCCUGGCUGUGUAACUGAAAACAAUGUUUGUAUAGUGAUGACUAAUCUGCUGUUGUUUUUGAACCAUUAUGGUGAAGAUAUACACUCAGGGAAUGUUAUAAUAAAAGCCAACAUGG